AUGGGCAGCGACCAGUAUCAUGGCCCACCGUCAAGAACUACGUUGCCACGGCCCGCGCUAAAGCACUUCCCCGACGCCUCAGAUUACUAUGCCUCAUCAGCGUCCAACCCACUUCCUUUCGCGUUUUGCUCCCAGGUCCUGGACUCGCCGCAUGUCCACUUCCCGCCGACGCCGACCAUGACAUCCACUGAACUAACACAUUCGCCGUAUGCAUAUGAUCGGGCACCCAUCGACGUCUCGCUUAAUACCUGUGAGCUUCCAGAGCGCGGGGGAAGGGUUUACGACGAGGAGAGGCGGUCUUCGCCUAGGGUACGGGAUUCCGGCUAUUUUCACCCCCGAUCAAGGAGUGACGAUGUUCAAAGUCGUUUUAAUGACUACCACACUACCACCUCUGCGAUUUACGAUGGCCUGCCAUCCGACGCUUCACCGCCACCCCAGAUGAGCGGCCCUCUUCUCCCUGAUGGUCCGGCGUUAUACCCUAUGACGAUAUCCGACAUUACGCAGACCGGCCCGUUGUGCUCGCCUUCGCUGGCGAAGACGAAACACGGGAAGAAGGCCCGAAAGAAGGAUGAUUCAAAGACGCGUUCCGUAUGCAGCGCUUUUAGCGAACCUGCUCUGGACGGCUGCUUGGGAGGGUUUUGA